CUAGGAAGUAUACUGUAGCUUUUUUAUUACUUUUACCUGUUAACCCGUGACCAUCUGUUUAUUUUUGGUAGUCGAGUACGAAAGUAAAUCUAAAGUACAGAAACGCCUUAUUUAAAGUCAGUUGUUGUUGUUUUUUACACGACGACGAAAAUAUGUGUAAAUCGUCAAAAUACGUGAAGAUUAAGUUUGUGCAUUGUUUUUUGAUGCUCAUUUUGGUGAUAUCUGAUACUCUGGAGUUUCAUGUUCGUGGUUCAAGUCCUCUGGUUGUUCCUCUGGGAGGUUCAGUGGUUCUGCCCUGCUAUGUUGAAACACCCUUAGUAAUGGAGAGGGUAAAGGUGGAAUGGAGAAGAACAGAUUCAGAGGCUCUGCUUCAUCUGUUUCUACAUGGAGAUAUUAGACCGGAGGCUCAACAUCAGGAUUAUCAUGAUAGAGCUCAUUUCUUCACUGAAGACAUUAAACAUGGAAACUUCUCCCUUCUGUUGAAGAAUGUAAGAAAAGAAGAUAAAGGGAUUUACAGAUGUAAAGUUUACAGUGAACAGGAUGCUGACAAAACAUUGGUUGAAAUAAAAAAUGUUGAAUAUUUGAUCGUGUCAGGAUCAGAUCAGUUGAUAUCUGCGUUUGUUGGUGAUGACGUCACUCUGAGCUGCUCUGUGAACUCUCACAUCAAACCUGAUGAGAUUGAAGAGGUUUCAUGGAAGAAAUCAAAUAAAGGCAAAGACAUCUUGGUUCUUCUCUAUCAACACAAUAAAACUAAAUCAGAAUCAUCAGAUGAACAAUACAGAGACAGAGUUGAGUUCUUCACUGAUGAAAUCCACAGAGGAAACUUCUCUCUCAGACUGAAGAGAGUCACAACUGAAGAUAAAGGAGUUUACAUCUGUCAAGUGUUUACUGGACGGCUAUCAGCAAACACAACUGUUAAACUGGAGAGACUGGGUUUCUCAGCUCUACAUAUAAUGGUGUUGAUUCUCUGUAUUGCUGCAUGUGGAUCUGCUCUUCUGUUCUGCUCUCUCACAUACUGUAAAUUUAUUAAUAAAGACAUAAAGGUGCUGGUUCAUGUUUGUCUUCACUUUUACCCGAAUAUUAUGAUGUUUCUGGCUUCAGUCUUCUGGUUUGGUGCUGAAGCAACUUGCGCUUUGCACAUGGAGGGUGCGGUCUCCACUUUCCAUGGGAUCAAUGGCUUAGGGCGAUCCAUUUGA